AUGCUCAAACAGGGGGUAACGACUAAGAAGACUAAAGAUCAACAAUCAGUAGUCGUAAAGGCGGGAGGAAAAUCAUACGCAGAGCUUGUGAGAAAUCUGGAAUCACAGGUACUCGUAGAGGCGAUCGGAGUGAACAUCAGAAUAAUCAAAAAGGCGGGAAAAUGUGACCUAUUACUAAUGGUAGAUGGCGAAAGCUCAGCAGCGGGUGUCCUCAAGGAAGAAAUCCAGAAAAAGGUGAGCGAGGUGGAAGUAUACGAUAUCGAGGAAACCACUACUAAAGAAGAAAUCAUUGAGGGAUCAGUGAAAAUUACGGGUCAAAAGAGGGCGACAUAG